UGAGUGAUUCGCAAUUGGCAACGCCAGGCAGGGGCGUGGAGGGAAAGCGGGGUUCGUCUGGCCCAGGUGGGCAGGCACGGUUCCGGGGUCCCGGCCUCGCAGGAAACUAAUUCACAAUGCCUGGCCGUUCUGUGAUCUCCUUCAGUGGUGUGGACACAUGUCUUUCGUCUCUGAAAACUUGCCAGUCCUACAUAAGCGCCGGAAUGGAUAUUGCUACAAACGUUGCCUUUGACCUUGUGGAAAAUCACAAUGACAUGGAAGAGGUUAACGAAAUGGAAAAGGUGAUGUUGCAGUAUGCUGCAAUGAGCAGAGAACUGAGCCAUUAUAUAGACGCAGUUGAAGAUACUGUAAAUCAGAUAAAGAGAGAUAAACCAGACGUGGUACCAGAUUUAAAUGAUGUAGUCGAAGAGAAGUUCAAAGCCCUGGAAAGCACAAACAGUGACCUUGAUUUGCAAAGAAAUGAGAAAUUUGUCCUUUUUAAGGAGCACCUCAAGGAAAUGAAAGCUCAGUUUGGUGUCCUGUCAGUUCCAGAUGAAAUCCCUGACCUUGAACUAGUCGAUGAGGAUAUUGCAGUGACACAAAGUCAGAUGAACUUCAUAUGCCCCAUUACACAGGUGGAAAUGAAGAAACCAGUCAGGAAUAAAAUCUGCCGUCACACCUACGAAGAAAAUGCCAUCCUGGAACACAUCUGGCUCAAAGAGCAACAGAAGAAGAAAGUCCGCUGCCCCACAGUUGGUUGCAACAACGCCGAAGUCAAGAAAUCAGACCUGGUGCCUGAUGAAGUCCUGAAAAGAGCAAUCAGCAGUCAGAGUAAACAGAACCGGUCCACACAGUAGAAGUCGGCUGGUACUCCGAUGGCUGUUAUGACAAAGAAAUGUGGUGUUAGAAGAGGUCACCUGAGAUAAGUUGCUGAUUGUCAGGUGGUUGUGUAAGAGGUUGUUAUUUCAAGUAUUCCAGUUGCAGGCAAAGUUGAAGGUCUGACCUGUCACUGAAAGCAUUUUUGUUGCUCCUUGGAGACUGCCAAGUAUAAAAUACUGCCAUUCAACCUGCCUUGCUUUCCUUUUUAACAAAAAUAACCCUGCAUUAAAAUCCUGUGUUUUGUAAAUAAAAAUGCAAGGACCAUU